GCCUAACACGUCAAAAUAUGAAAUUGAUGAACUUUUUUCAGGUUACCCAAACGCUAACAGCGCUCAGUACUUCAAGGUGUACUUGGAUUCGAUUUUCGACGUAAUAUCUUCCUUCCCGGCCCAACUGUAUUCCGUACAAUAUCUCUGGCGUCAAUCCUACAAAGAUUUCUAUUCUAGACGGCGAGAAAUGCAUACGCGCUUGAAACCCCUCUUCCCCCCAUAACGAUCGCUCAAAAGGGGCGUGGAAGUGAUCAGGUGAAUCCCCUAGGUGUGCCCCGUGGGGUAGGGCUGUCUCACAAUGGCGCAUGUCUCGGAAUCCCGCAGGGGGUGGCCGUCCGGCCAGCGCGACCCCACCUAGAAGAUAUAAAAGCGCGUCGGUCGCGUCCCAAUCUUCACCAAUCCACUCCUUCUCUCAUUCCCUCUUGAACACCAAAACUUUAUCUAUCAACAAUGCCCAACUUCCAGAUCCCCAAGGUCCAGAAGGUCGCCAUCGUCCAGAAGACUGGAGGCACCAUCGAAAUCAAGAACGACUUCCCCGUGAAGCAGCAGAACCAGCUUGCUCCUGGUGAAUGUCUCAUCAAAAUUGAGGCUUCAGGAUGUUGCCAUACCGACUUGCACGCCGCCAUUGGUGACUGGCCCGUCCCUCCAAAGACCCCCCUCAUCGGUGGACACGAAGGUGUCGGCAUUGUUGUAGCUAUCGGAAGCAACACCAACGCGUCGCCCGUUCAGCUGGGUGAUCGCGUUGGAAUCAAAUGGCUCGCUGAUUCUUGCUUGAACUGCGAGGACUGCCGCAAAGGCCGUGAACAGAACUGCUCUCAGGCCAAGUUGAGCGGUUACACCGUCGACGGUACCUUCGCCGAAUACGUGGUUUCCUACGUCAACCAUGUUACUCCCAUCCCCGAAGGUUUCCCUUCCGAUGCUGCUGCUUCUAUCCUUUGCGCUGGUGUCACCGUCUACCGUGCCAUCAAGUACAGCCAGACCAGCGCUGGAGACUGGAUCGUCCUUCCUGGUGCUGGAGGAGGUCUCGGACAUCUUGCCGUCCAAUACGCUCGUGCUCGCGGUCUCCGCGUCAUUGCCAUCGAUAGCGGUGCCGAGAAGAAGAAACUUUGCCUGAGCCUCGGCGCUGAGGUUUGGAUCGACUUCAAGGAAUCCAAGAACAUUGUCGACGAUGUCAAGGCCGCCACCGGUGGAUUCGGUGCUCACUCGGCUGUUGUCACUGCCGCCCACAGCUCCGGCUACACCCAGGCGCUCGACUACCUCCGCCCUGGUGCUACCCUUAUGGCAGUCGGUCUCCCCGGAACAUCCACCUUGAACGCGUCCAUCUUCUUCACUGUCUUCAAGAGCAUCAGCAUCCUCGGGUCCUACGUUGGAAACCGUCAAGAUGCUCGGGAGGCCCUCGACCUUGCCGCUCGUGGUCAAGUGAAGGUUCACUUCGUCACCAAGGACCUUAAGGAGCUCCAGAACGUCUACGACGGAAUGGCUGCCGGAAAGGUUGCGGGCCGUGUUGUUUUCGAUCUCAAGAAGUAAAUGAGCCAAGGAUUGGAUAAGAAGAACAUAACCUACUGUAAAACAUCAUUUCGU